GUCGUCGACGAUCAGCACAACGUUGUUGUAGUCGUAAGAGACGUUACGUUGAACGACAGGCGCUUGAUGCUUCUGCCUUCUAACUUUUCCAUUAUACUUUUCAUACAUCUACCUUUUCGUGAUCUUCUCUAAUCUUCUCCGGUUCUCUGAAUGUAGGGUGUAGAAAGACUCAUUCAGAUUUAGGAGUUGUUCGAAUUCAAGUCGCUUCAUACUUCAAGUUUGUGUUUACGUACACUCUCGCUCAUAAGUAUUAGGAUACCUACUGGUUAGCUUUAUAUCAAAGAAAAGAUCGAUCGAUCGGAAUUUUGUAUCCGUGAAAGAUCAUGAUCAAUGUCGCGAUAAUUUGAAAUUGUACGAGUUGCAGUAAUAUAGCCAAUUAUCGUAACUGGAUGUUGUGUCUGUAUAAUUUUCUAGUCCGAAUACGCUCUAUCUUCGAUGCCUCUACCUUUUCGUGAUCAUCCCUAAUCUUCUCCAGUUCUGAUUUUAUAGACAAUAGAGAGGCUCAUUCAGAUUUAGUGGUGUUAAUUCAAGCCGCUUCAAACUUCAAGUGUUUAUAUACACUGUCGUUUGUAAGUAUUAGGAUACCUAUUGGUGAAUUAUCAGAAUUUUGUGUUUAGAAAUUUAGUAUCAUGGAAGUGUUGUUAACAAAAAUAUAAUUAGCGAUGUUAAGUAAUAAACAUUAGAACAUUUCCUGAUCCCGUAAGAAAAUGAGUAUUAAUUCAAAUUGUAAGAGAAAAAGUGAGAGAUAAAAAUUUGUAAAAACUAUUUUCAUGAGCUACAAACGAGUGUUAUUGAAUUAUAACAGUUGCGUAUUGAUCUCCAAAAUAUUUUCAUUUAAACACAAAUGAGAAAAAUUGAAAUGAAUUUGAUAAAAGUGUCUGAAAAAUUUGUUCAAAAUAUGAUUCUGAAUAUAGUUGAAUGUUGAAAUCAAGUAACACAAAUAUAGUGGAAAGAUUAAUAGUACGAAUACUUAAAUUGUCUAUAACUAUGUACAUAUAUCAUCCAAUUAAAGCAAUGAUCUAGAAGCACGGCGGAUGUAGAUAGAGAAGAAAUCAAUUUAAUUUGAAAAGUUUUCAAGCUAAGACUUCAAACAAGAUAAUAAUUCUAAGAGAUUUUAAUAAUGUCCUAACAUUUUCAGUUUAUAUCAACCUUCUUUUACUUAUGAACAGAAAUGUAAGCUAGAUUAAUUUUAUUAAUUUUCUACUGGAUCGCCUCUACAAUUUCUAUUUUGCUUUUCAUUCAUCUUCCCCGCUAUAAAAUCACAAUAUGUACAUUUUCACUCGGUUUUAUAAUGCGUAUAGUAAUCACGAUGUCUAAAAUUAUAGUAGCAACAAUGUUGCUUUUGUUUAACAUUAAUCUUCAUUUUCUACGUCAAAAAUUCGUAAGCAUGAAAAAUCGUUCCCCUUUUCCUUUUGUCUUCGCCGUUCAUGCUUCGUAGCUGUAAAAGCAUCGUUCCAUUUUUAUUUUGUUUUAUUUCUCAUUCUUUCCACUUCAAAGUUGCGAAAACGCGACAGAAAUUUCAUAUAGUUCCGUAUUUUUUUUUUAAUUCUUUUCACCCGCAGUCACUAACAUCCAGCUCCAUCAGUCAAAUAGACGCAAAAAACCAUACACACGUAUCUUUAUUUACUUACUUUUAAACCAACAUUUUAUAGCGUAAAGGAAUUACUCAACUGGAACGAAAAAUGCAAUUUUCGAGGUUGUUCAGUAUCUUUUGCAAGAAAAUCUAAUUAAAUUACGAUAUCAUAGAUUUUUAUUGACCGUAUAAAUUUUCCGAGUUCAAUUUAAUUAACUUGUUUGAACUUUAUACUGCAUAAAAGUUUUAUUUAUGAAGUCAAGAAAAUUAAGAAUGUAACUGGUAAUUAAAUUUUCUUUUGCACUACAGGGAUAAAUAAUUAAAUUACUGCUUGUACAGGCAAAGCUAUAUAUAUAGUUAAAAGGUCCUGAUAAUUACGUAUGACGAAAAUAUAAUUAAAUGUAACUAAAUAAAAAUAGAAAGUAUAGGAAGAAAAUAUAACAGUUCGCCUUUGCUGUCUAGUUGAUUUAAAUUAAGGGAAAAGAAGUAUUGUAACAUAACAUUGAAAGGAACAACUUAUUAAGUACAGAUUAUUCUAAAAUAGGCUUGUUAUACUUAUAACGUAUAACAAUAUUUUUGAAAUGGAUCUAAAUUCGUAAUACAAAUGAAGUCAGGGAGAUUCUAUGAUUCAAAAUAAGACAAAAAUGAAAAUUAAGUUUCGUUGGAGGUUUCGUCUUAUAGAAAAUCGAAAUUGAACGUUUAUCGAGUGCAUGUAUAUUUAAACAAUUCCUGAUUGAACAAAAGUGGAUAAUCGACAGAAGGUUAUUUUACCUAUUACUAUAUAUAAUAUCUACUAUAAAUAAAUACAAAGUAUGACUUCUGCUUCUCCCCGGUGGUUUUUAAAUGUUUUUAAAUGAAUUUAGAUAUUUAUAAUUUUACCAUAUGUUACAAUAUAUCACGAAAAAGUAAAUUCAUUAAUAGAAUGAAAGAAUCACGCUCAGAGGGGAUGAACAAACGAUUCCAUGGUACCCGCUGUUCAGUAGAGUGUAACUUAUCGACCAAAUAUCGACUUACGGAACUUCAGUUUAUGAACACUUUGUCGGACAUAACGUUGAAGAGCAUCCUCGAAUCAUUAUUUAGAGACUAGUGCUCGGCGUCGAGUGGGUCUUCAGUUUUAUUUCAACGAAAGUAGUUCAGCCUGCUUGCGCUUUAAAACUUCACCAACCCGUCUAUUGGCAAAGUCUACUUUAUCGAGAUGGAAAAUACGGAAGUAAUCGAGCAAAACGAUUCGUGGUCCAACGAUUUAAACGAGUCGGAUUUAAAUGGCAUUCGAAACGAAGUAUCGUCUGCAUCGAUUUAUGGAAACGGCUUAGAAUCACCUAUAUUGGGUAGUUCUUUUCGAGUUCCGGAUAUACCGAAGAGAUAUAUCGAGCCGAUAGCUCUUGAUACGUCGCUACCUUACAUUCCAGUUUAUAUGCAUUUGAAAACAUAUGAUUUAAAACCUAUCGAAAGACCAUCAACACCUCCUAUAUUGUCUGAGUUACGAUUGAAAUGUCAAAAUGAUGCUGAAUCGUGCAAAUCCUCUAAAGCUCUACCGUCCUCCAGAAGAACCAGUAAAGAGAGGUCUUCUAUCUCUUUAAAACCGCGGGAAACGAAAUGAAUUUGAAAAUGAUAUAU